ACACACAACCUAGCAUUCCAUUUCCUAGUAGCCGCAUCUCUGACCAUAAAGCUACAAAAAUUAGGGCACUCCCUCAUCCAACAUUUAUUUUAUUUCUCUAUAUUACUUAUUUUUUUAUAUUCUCUCUAUAACAUUCUUUUUAUUACUCGUAUCCUCACAUGCCUUUUCAUAUCUCGUAAAAACGUAAUCUCAAAAAAUACCCAAAAACAAAUAUAAUAAAAAUAAACCGACAAACCAAAUUCUAAAAUUUUUUUCUUCCUUUUUUUUUUUUAUAAAAUUACACAUCAUGAAUAUCUCUUCUUCCUUUGGUGAAACAUGUGCAAAAUCCCUAAUAAAUUAUCAUAAUGAGCUUAACGCAAGCUUUAACAUUCACAUUUAUAACAAUAAUCACAUUUACAAAGACAAAGUCAUUUUUGUAAUGGGCGCAACAGGAACAGGGAAAUCCAAACUAUCCAUCGACAUAGCAAAUCAUAUCCCAGCUGAAAUAAUAAAUUGUGAUAAAAUCCAAGUCUACAAAGGUCUUAAUACUCUCACAAAUAAAGUCACCCAAGAAGAAUCUCAAGGCAUACGCCAUCACUUGUUAGGGUUCAUAGAUGACCCAAAUGCUGAUUAUAACGUAACCCAUUUUCGAAAUGACGCUAUUCUUGCAAUUGAAUCGAUUAUCGAACAAAAUAAGCAUCCAAUUAUUGUGGGUGGUUCAAAUUCAUUCAUUGAAUCAUUAAUUAAUGGUGAUUCUUAUUUUAUGUCAAGAUAUGAGUGUUGUUUUCUCUGGGUUGAUGUUAAUUUACCUGUUCUUGAUCGAUUUGUUUCAAAACGGGUCGAUCAAAUGGUUGAAUCGGGUUUGGUUGAUGAAGUUAGGGAGAUAUUUGACCCGGAAGGGGAUUAUACGCGAGGUAUAAGACGUGCGAUUGGAGUGCCAGAAUUGGAUCGUUUUCUUAGGGCUGAAAAAGAUGGGUUUGUUGAUAAGGGUGCAUUGGAUAUUCUUCUUAAGAUUGCUAUUGAUGAAAUUAAGGUUAAUACGUAUAAUCUUGCUUGUCGUCAAGUGAAUAAAAUACGUAAAAUGAAAGAUUUUUGGGGGUGGGAUUUGCACCAUAUUGAUGCUACUGACGCUUUUCUUAAGGAUAAAACAGAGGAAAGGAAUGAAGCGUGGGAAAGACUUGUUGUUCGUCCAAGUGUGUUGUGUGUGAGAGAUUUUCUACGCGCCACUAGAAGUAGUGGCAUGCAGAGCAAGUCUAAAGCACCGAGCACCACUGUUAUUAAAGAAGUGGUAUCGUCUAUGGCGACAGUGCCAGCUGUCAUUUGAUGUGGUAUCAGAGUUAAUAUGGUAUUAGAGCUAAUGCAAUAAAGUUAGGAAUUUGAAUUUUAGUUACACUUCUAUUUUAUUGAGGUUGUUACGUUUGACCUAAAAUUUUAAACAUUAAUAGGUACACUAUAACAAUUUCAAUGGAAUGGAGGGGAAUCUUCAAACAUUCAGCUAUUGGCAAGUCAUUUUAAAUUUGUUGUAUUAUGAUUAAAAAAAACUCUGACAAACUACGAUUAAAUAAAUUUAAAGGUAAAAAAGGGAUCAGAAGAACGUUUCUAUGAAGGUGUAAAACGUUUUUCUAAGAGUGAGUUUAGAAAAGAGUAUUUGAAGCGGCAUUAAGGCAUGCAGCAUGUAUAUGAGGCAUAAUCUACAUAAGACUUGUGAGUUGUGAGUGUCCACCAUCACUUGGGAUUUGGGAGCUAGAGUCUAAAGUGUACUCAAAUGAUUGUAUCUUUAAAUUACUAUCAUUUUCAAUAGAUGCUAUACCCAUUAAUGUAAUGGUAUCAUUUCAAGAAAAUAUGCUUCGGGUCCAUUAGUUUGG